CCCAGAUGUCUGCUCAGGGGACUGAGCUCAGAUGAUGAUGCCAAAAACAUGUGCAGUGGCAAUUCUGUUACGGCAAACGGUCUGUCCAGAAAACAGAGAAGGUCUGAACAUGUCAGGAGACAGUGAAAAGAUCUUCCAUCGCUCUUUGGACCUGUAAACAGAUGGACUUCACACCCAACUCCAGGAUCGUAGCUACAUUAGAGAGCUUCCUUAAUACUGAGCUUUUAAGGAUCUCCAGAGUGAUGGAUCCCUCUGCAUCCAUAUCUAAAGAGAAGGCCUUCUCCAUUGCUGCAGCUUUGCCUGUGCCGUCCUACGGCGCUCUGGUGAACGACACAACCAACGUCUACCUGCACAGUGAGGACCUGCAGCAGGUAUACGAUACUCAUCCUCCAAACGUUUGGUACAACACGCUUGCACUAGUGUUGUUGUUUCUUUGAACCACUAGAGGGAGACACGACUCUACAAAUGCAUUGCAAUACACUGAUUCAUCUUCUUUUUUUUUAAAUGCAGGGAAUGUUCCAAGGAUGUCAUCCAGUUCAUUUCCUCAACUCUAGAGUACAAGGGAUCAGAGACAAUGUGUUAAUCCCAAACGGGAACGUGUCACAGCACAUCCCGCCAGCAGGGGGCAGCAGUGUGCAGGUGUAUGAGGGGACUCCCUCAGACAGCCACGUGCAGCAGCUGCACACAUAUGCUGACAGUGUCACCAAAUGGAUCUCCUCGGAAAUAGCACAAGUUACUUUAGUGACUAAAUAUUUAUGGAUGGGAAAACAUUGCUAUGAAUCGAGGAACUUUGCCACCACCAUGCAGGUCCUUGGAGGUCUGGAGAAUGUGACUGUCAGGCAAUUACCAGUUUGGAAACAUCUGCCUUCCAAAGUGUUUGAGAUACUGGAGGAGCUGCGAGCUGUGCAGCAGCUGGAGAUCGGCGCCUUCACGCUCACGACUGGAGCGUACAAGUGGAGCAAGCUCAGGUGAAAACGUGAUUCCAGAACCGGAGGAGGAAGUUGAAACGAGAGGUUCAAGAUCUGCGCCCUGCGUUUCUGUCGGUACCGGCGGCUUUAAUGCCGCCUCUGCUGUUUCAGCACCCACCGCUAAGUGGACAGCUCCCCGCAGACGGAGGCUUCUACUCGCAGCUGCAGCCGCUCCAUCGAGCGUCUCUGCCGGCUGCUGUGCACCCAGCUCUCCUCCAUCCACGCUUCUACUGAACUGAACCCUCUUUCCAUUUUCUCACCACAAUUCCUGUCUAGAAUCUAGACUAUUGUUCUCUCUAAAAUAGAGGUUGUGAAUUAUAAGUGUGAUGCACUAUCUAAGUAUAUCUAAUAAUGUAUAUGAUGCUAAUAAAAUAGUAUAAAACUGUGAA